GCUUUGGGUGAACGCCUAACAGUGCCAUAAAAUAGGACAGGGGUGAUAACUUGGUUGCCUGGAUCGAGCUCAUGCUCUCGAAAUUUUUCCGUAAUAUUAGCUAAAAACUAGUGCCUGCGCCUCUGCUUUCAAUCAAAACGACGAAUUAAACAAUAAUCAAAAUCAGUUCAAUCAAAAACGUGGGCCCAGUUCUCGAUGGAAAUGUGAUGGAAUAUAGAACCCAACCACCGAAUGCAAAAUUAUUAUGAGUGAGCUUCAAUCGACGAUAGAAUUCUCCGUGGAACUGUACAAAUUCUACAAUGUCGAUUUAUUUCAGCGAGGAAUGUACCAAGUGCGUUGUUCACUGCGUGUCUCCUCCAAGCUGAGCGUCGAAGUCGAAGUUACCACCCCUGAAGUGAGUGCCGGCCUUGGUACCGCUAUCGUCCUUGGCAACUACGGCGCCUGUCGUCCCUUCCAGAUCCUCUACCGUAACGAAGAGGUGUCCUUGAAGGAUGUGGUACUGUUCAGAUGCCACAUGUUGGUCGACGGAAAUAACCUGAAGGAGUCUUUGGAACGAGCUGAGUUUUCUCUAGUUCUGGAGCUCUGGUUUAGUGAUACUUCUCCGGUGUCGAUGGUGAUGGUGUCAUCCAGGACGCUCCAAUUGAACAUGUCACCGGCUGAGGGUCUACACUACCAUUUGCCCGUUCUGUUCGAUUAUUUUCAUCUGUCGGCGAUUUCGUUGACGAUUCACGCGGUGCUCACGGCCUUGCAUCAGCCCUCGAUGAAACGAGGAAUUCUCCGCUACAUGCAAAGCUGUGCCCCAAAAUCGUCAAAAUCAUGGAGCAAAAUUCGUUCGGCACAUUGUUCUUCAUUAACGGAUCCCGUCCUUCCAGUGAGUAGUCAUAAGAUUUAUAGCAAAAUUAACGAAUCUCCACAAAUACAUUUAGAAGCACGUGAUGUUCUAUUAGAUGCUAGCAAUAACCUUAAAACUACGAUUAAAGAAUAUAAGAUAUUAUUUAUGCAGAGAGAAGAAACUUUAUCUGAUAAUUACGAUACUUUAAUAGUUAAGCCGCACCAGCGAUACGACACGAGAAAAUCGUCUAUUAUACGAAAAGAGCUUCAUCAAACAUCAGGCAUCAACAAUUCAUGUCUUGCCGAAUUGUGUGCCGAUAAUAUAAGACUGUGGAACUAUUUCCUGUUGAAUUUCAGUUGUAAAACAACAAUUCAACAACACUUGAGCAAAAAGCACCACAAUUUACGGGUGCGAAGAUUUGCCGAAUUGUUUUUUCUCGUUUAUAACCCACGUAGAUCGGCGAUUGGUUGUUUUGAUACCAAUUACCAGAAUUAUCUUUUGGUUGCUGAAAUUGCAAAACGCUCGAAAUAUAUGCAGCUGUUACCAUCACUCCCAGUACAUUGUGCUGCUCUGGAUGGUGAUAAUACAACAAUGCCCAUUAUUUUUGAAGAUCAGUACCAAGAUCCUUUUGAAGAUUUAGUGCCAAAGAAAGAAUCAAAUUUUAAACGCUCGAAAACAGAGUGUUCUUGUGGAAUCGAGAAUUUGUGGAAAUGUUCCGAAAAGACUUUAGUUAAUACUGAUGUUUUUUACGACGAUUCUCGUUCAAUGGUACCUACUAGACAUAGCAAAUCCUUAGAUCAACUACAAAUGUGUUCAAGAAGAAAUCUUUUCAACCAUAAAAACGACUCAAAGUUGAAAAACGUGGCAAGUGAGCAUAAUAUGAACAGUCGACUUUUUGUUUACGAUGUGAAUAAACCACAAGAGAUUUGCAACUGCAAGCUAGACUCGUCCAUAGAUUUAAUAGAUGUCGAUAUUUUAGAUAAGAAAUACAAACAGUUCAAUAUCAAAAAACACAAAUCAAAAAGCCACACACCAUCGACUGACUUCUUCCGUUCAAACUCGAUGCAAUUUUUCUCACCACGAAAAAAACCCAAAAGUACAAAACUCUACAACAAUCACAGAAAACACUUUGAUUUUGGGUCAAGUAGCAGUUCGGAAAGUGUCGUAUCAACAACAGGACUGCAUUUAUCAAGUGUAAGGAAAGUGAAAAGUACUUCAUGCUUGGGCCAAAGCAGCUCUCCCAUGGUACUUUCCGGGACUGAAUCACUGCCGAAUAUUAAACCAGCCGUGGAGACACAAUACCCAGAAAUGAAGUACUACAGUUCAUCCUCAUCAACAACAAGUGAGCAAAGUGGCUGGAUCACCUCCAGGAGCAGUUCUGUGGCUUCAAGUACUGACGUGGGGAAUGCGGUGGUGACGGGAUUGUUGACCAAUAUUGAGACGAUUCAAAGGAAGAUUUUAAAUCUUCCAAGACGGAAGAAUGGACACUACAGGAAAAAUAAUAAAGGCUGUGAAUUUAAUCAAAGUAAUUUUUGCGACGAAAUUGCGCUACCUCCACCUAAACAGUUUCGGGAUUUGGAUUCGCCGUCUAGUUCUAUCACGAAUGGAACAAAUGAAGAAGAAAUAAAUGCUGUUGAUAAUAUUUUGUACCAUGUGGUGGAUACGCAGACUACGUUGGAAAGGAAACCGGUAGUGGAUGACGAUAAGAGACCGACGAAUCAAUCAAUGGGAUACCAUCAUUUCUCCAAAGGCUCGAAAUCCGAAUCGGAGAAAGCGUUCAUUCGCUCCAAAAAUGAAUUCAAAAGUCAAUUAAACUUCCCCGGUAUUUUGUAUUCCGAUUUCACGUCGUUCGCUUCGACGAUUCCCUAUUUUCACAUAAGCGACGAGUUUCGUAUUUUUUCGCCUGAAGGAAUGCAUCUGAUUGUGUGCGUUCAUGGCUUAGAUGGAAAUUCAGCUGAUUUACGUUUAGUUAAAACCUAUCUAGAGCUUGGACUUCCUGGGGCGUAUCUCGACUUUCUCAUGUCCGAACGAAAUCAAGGAGAUACUUUUAGCGAUUUUGAUACCAUGACCGAUAGAUUGGUCAGCGAAAUUCUUCAUUAUUUAGACACGAGUAGCAUUCGACCAACGAGAAUAAGCUUCGUGGGUCACUCCUUAGGUAACGUUAUUAUUAGAUCUGCCUUAACAAGGCCCCAGAUGAAAUUUCUACUACCAAGACUGCAUACUUUCUUAUCACUCUCUGGACCACAUCUGGGCACUUUAUACAACAGUAGUGGAUUAGUCAAUAUGGGAAUGUGGUUUAUGCAGAAAUGGAAAAAAUCAGGAUCUCUUCUCCAGCUCUGUUUGAAAGAUUCUAACGACGCUCGACAGUCGUUUUUGUACCGACUGAGUCAGAAAAGCACUUUACACCAUUUCAAAAACGUGCUACUUUGCGGUUCGGGACAAGACAGAUACGUUCCGUUGCACUCGGCCCGGAUUGAGCUGUGCAAAGAAUCGAUCAAAGACACCUCUGAUCAAGGCGCCAUCUAUCGAGAGAUGGUCCACAACAUCAUCUCACCCAUAAUAGCACAGAAAGACGUGAAUUUGGUCCGCUAUGACAUACACCAUGCCUUACCUAACACAGCGAAUGCUUUGAUUGGUCGAGCUGCACACAUAGCCGUCUUGGAUUCGGAACUCUUUAUUGAGAAAUUCAUGGCUGUAGUGGGAAUUAAGUAUUUCCGUUGAACUAUUCUAUUUAUUAAAUAUUUUAUAAAAUAAAUUAAAAUACAUUUACAUUUAUUAUUAGUCCUAAAAGUAGUUUUAUACCUUCACUAGAACAAAAUUUUUCACAAACAAUAAUGAGUAAUAUGACACGUACUUUUUUUGACAUUAUUAUUUUUUUUAUUAUUAUUAUUAUUAUUGAACACUUUGGUCACCUGCUUGAAGUGGUUCGUGGUUGACGACCCAACACUCCAUUAUUUGGUGGUGGAUCACUUGGAGGCAGACUAGGACCAGAAUCCUGGACAAAGUUUUUAUGCAAAAACAACGAACCGCAUCGAAAUGUCAAAAAUCGUACUGAACUUAAUUGCAUUACAAUUUUAAUGUAAAAGGUGUUCGACAUAACACAACACUUAAACAGUGUUUUUAUUUGAACGUAACGUACAAAUGUGUGGUGGUGAGUUAUAUAGGGUUAUUCUUUUAAAGCCUACAUUAGAAACUUUACAAAUUGCAAUUUAGCUAGAGUCUUGAAAUUUUGUAAAUCGACUAUCUCAAGUUCAACUUAAUUAUUUUCAAAAUGGCUGAACUUCCAGAACUAUGAAAAUUUGGCGCCAACUUUGAAAUUAUAAAUGGUAACCACUUAUUUUUAUUACAUUUUUUAAUUCACGUUUUCAAAUGAGUCCAAUAGUUUUGACAUGUCAAUUUUAUUUUAAAAUUUUAUUUGCAGAGGUUCAUUCAAAACAGCACAGCCCAAAAUAUGACGAUCAAAAAAUGGUUAUAACACCCUUUUUUAAUGAACAUUUUAUUUGACAAAAAUACUAUGACAGAUAAGUACCAAAAACUUGAAAACAUUUUACUCAAAUUGAGAAGACGACUUCAAAAAUAGUGUAGACCAAAAAAAGAAUAAUCCUGUAGUUAUAGGUGACGUUUUUUGCGACACACCCUGUAUAAAAUGGCACCAAAACAAUUUAUUUUCUUGACGUCUCCGCCCACUCUGUGACAUUUUGGUGUCAAUUUUUUUUUUUUUUUUAGUUAGAAAACUGUUUCGUCUAUUUUUUUACGACUGUUUUGAUGCCGAAAUAAUACGUUUUAUAAGAUGUUAUUAAAUAAAUGUUUACUAAAG